UAAGUUUAUCUCAGUUGUAUAAAGGUGAGUUUUAAAGCUUUUUACACGCUUAAUAAUCGUUAUCGUAAACAUAUUGAAUUCCUACGAACGUAUUGGAACAACAGUGAAUGGUCAGUUUCGGCUUUCUCAGGGAGGAGUCCAUGAUAAUAGCAUGUUUGUCAUCUUCUGUUUGAUAUAUUUCUGUUAAUUCGUUUGAGUGUCACACAAAUCCUUCCAGGAUGGGGAAUAUGUUUGCAAAUUUGUUCAAAGGCCUGUUUGGCAAAAAGGAAAUGAGAAUACUGAUGGUUGGUCUUGAUGCUGCUGGAAAAACCACUAUUUUAUAUAAACUAAAAUUAGGAGAAAUUGUAACCACAAUCCCAACUAUUGGAUUUAAUGUUGAAACUGUUGAAUAUAAGAACAUAAGUUUCACAGUCUGGGAUGUUGGUGGUCAAGACAAAAUUCGACCCUUGUGGCGGCAUUAUUUUCAAAAUACUCAGGGGCUCAUUUUUGUUGUAGACAGUAAUGAUAGGGAACGUAUUGGUGAAGCGCGAGAAGAACUGAUGAGAAUGCUGGCAGAAGAUGAAUUAAGGGAUGCAGUUCUUCUUAUUUUUGCAAAUAAGCAGGAUCUGCCAAAUGCCAUGAAUGCAGCUGAGAUAACAGACAAACUCGGCCUACACUCAUUGCGCAAUCGCAACUGGUACAUUCAAGCGACGUGUGCGACCUCAGGCGAUGGUCUAUAUGAAGGCCUCGAUUGGUUGUCGAACCAACUGAAGAAUGCCAACCGCUAG